AUGUAUCGUCAGAUAGUCGAGUCUUUCAACCACAUUACGCUCAACUCUGGCUCAAUACUCUAUUGCUUGCGCACAGACCUACGCCUCUUCCUCUCGGUCCAGGCACGAAGAGAGUUGAAAAAGGGGGGGGAAGAGAAAAAGGGUCACUACGUUCGGUCGUGA